UCGGAGUCGUCACUCUCCUAAUAUGGGCUUUGACGUCACGGCGGCCUGACCAAUCAGACAUCAGAUGUGACUGCGGGAUCCCCCAGGCGGAAGCGCCGUGUAGUGUGCUGCUGUUGGAGGGAUUUAAAGCUCCGGUGCUGCGGUACUGACGGCCAUUUACCGGUGAUCGCGCCGUGUGUAGGACCUAAGCAGAAUGAAGGUCACAUCAAUAGAGUGCCGGCGGCUGUACAAGCUGCUCAGGAAGGAGCUCUCCCGCUGCCUGGUGCUGGACUGCCGGCCCUAUCUGCCCUUCUCCUCCUCUAGUGUCCGAGGAUCUCUCAAUGUCAACCUGAACUCUGUGGUGCUCCGCCGGGCUCGGGAUGGCGCGGCUCCUCUGCACUUCGUGGUACCGGAGGAGGCGGCCCGUGUGAGGCUGCGGGACGGGCAGGUGUCAGUGGUGGUGGUUCUGGAUGAGAGGAGCCAGAGGUGGCAGAAACUGAAAAAGGAGAGCACGGCUCAGAUCGUGCUUAAUACCCUGGGCAGCCUGCCCUCCGGACCCAAGAUCUGCUUCCUGAAGGGAGGAUACGAGUCCUUUCACUCUGAAUACCCAGAAUGUUGUGUAGAUCAGAAAACGUUUACUCAGGAGGAAAAUGAAACUGACCAAAAUCUCAUCCUUUGUGAAAAACUGUCUUUCCAAAAGCCGUCAUAUGAUCAGGGCAGUCCUGUCGAGAUUCUUCCAUUCCUCUACCUUGGCAGUGCCUAUCAUGCUUCCAAAUGCGAUUUUCUCGCCAACCUUCACAUCACGGCCUUACUCAAUGUCUCAAGGAAGAGCUCGGACUACUGCAUAGACCAGUACAAUUACAAGUGGAUUCCAGUUGACGAUAACCACACAGCAGACAUUAGCAGUCACUUCCAAGAGGCCAUAGAUUUUAUUGAUACUGUGAGACGCAGUGGCGGAAGGGUCCUUGUACACUGUGAAGCCGGAAUUUCCAGGUCUCCCACCAUCUGUAUGGCAUACCUCAUGAAGACCAAACGAAUACGCUUGGAAGAAGCAUUUGAGUACAUUAAACAACGCCGAAGUCUCAUCUCUCCCAACUUCAGCUUCAUGGGCCAGCUAUUGCACUAUGAGUCUGAAGUAUUUUCUUCCAAAACAAACAUCCCAGUGGUUUCAUGUAAAAGAGACAGUGUUUCCUUCUUUGCUGAAGAGAUAAACAUUGGGAAGAGCUUUGAGGGCUCUUGCUUCACGUUCCCAACUUCUGUGUUAACACCUGUCCCUCUUCGAUCACCCGUCCAUCAGCUAAAACUCAGCCCACUUGCAGCCACCUCAUCCUGUUAGCACAUAUGCUUUAAAGUGGACAAUAAGUGGUUAAACCAUUUUUUUUUCUUGUGCAAUAGUUAAAACGAUGUAUUACUAUUCUGUGCAAAGCCAAACCAGUCAAGUACAUAAAGCUACCCAGUCUGUUUAAAUAUAGGCAAACACUUUUAACUACUGCUAUUAAUGACUAUAACCAUACCAAAUUCUUUGUGGUUUUUAGGGCAGCCUUGUGAAAUGUGCUGUAGCAAAGAUAAAAUCCUUGUCUUGAGUGUAGGCAUGUAUGAGCACAGCAACUGUAGAGCUUGCAUGUAUGUUCAGCUCUAUGUUAAUGUUUGCAACCCUCACUGGAGCUGGUUUAUAAGCAUUGCUCUCAUUUACUGCCUGUGAUGCAGAGAAAUGUCCUGUGAGGAUUGCGCCUGUUACCUUCACAUUCCAGGGUCAUUGAGUACUAAGAAUUAACGCAAUAUGGGGAAAAAGUGUUAUAUAUUUAAUAUAUAUAUUAAUAAAGCAAAUAGCACUGAACCAGUUAUAGAUUUAGUUCACAAAUGUCUUGUGGUCUGUAGCUAAUGUGAAAAGCACAUGUACACUUUUUUUUUAUUUGGAGUUACCAUGUGAUGAGAACAUUCCUGCCAGCUUUGCCAUGUGAAAAGGGUGGAGGUACACCCCUCCCAUCUAUGCCCACGGCAUUUUGUGCACUUUCUGAAGCUUAUUCUGAGUAAAAGUGUCAUUUAGUCCUUUCAAAAUCCAAUGCACACUGUACACAAAAGCUUUGAAUAAUUAUAUUAUGCUCUCAGGGUGAGUGCACUACAGGAUGUAGCGAAUUAAAGUCAUGUCUCCAAUCCAUUAAAAUCUCUAUAUGAAUAUAAAAUAACAAUGAUUGUCUCUGGACUUUAAAUGGGUUUUGUUAACCUCAGCGGAAGGACAUUUUAAAUAAUUGUGAACAGUGUCUUUCACAAAACCUAUUGAAUUUGCUUUGCACCUGCAUAUCUUACAGCUAAUUGGUAACACAUAUUAUAUAAUUUAUGGUUGGUUUACUUCUUAGAAGUAGUUUUACAAGGUGUUUAAAUGGUUCAGGUGAAAAUUCUCAUUGUUUGAAAGCUUUGAAUGUCAGAGAUUCAAAUAUAAUGUUGUUCCAGUGUAAUAUUUUUAUUUUUUUGGAGGGUGGGUGGGGGAAGCCAUGUUGUCUUUGUGAGGAUUUUUUUCCAAGCCCUACAUUUUGUGUAAUUUGUACAUUGGGUAACAGUGUGGCUGGUCAUGGCAAUGCACAGAAAGAACCAAAAAUGAUGACAAAAUUAAACAGCAAUCUCCUGUUCAUAUACAUCGUCGUAUAACCUGCUUAUAAAUGCCACGGAGAUAGCAUUGAAAGACUCCAAAACAUUUUAGCACUAGUCUGUUGCAAGACUGAAGUUGUCAACACUGGAUUCUAAAAACAUGGCUGCUGACUAAAUAUUGCACACAUUGCAGUAUCCUCCUGCAACAAGAGGUGAAAGGAUAAUGUAUGUCUUUUUUUUUUUAUAUAUCUCUAUUUUACAGGGUAUAACGCAAUAAUUUUCUGAAAUGUGUUUAUUUUCAAUGAUGGUUGAAAAUAAUUUUUUUUAUUGUGCUAAUAAAGUUUUUUUUAUUUAAAAAAAA